AUCCACAGUUUCACUGUUCCUGAGUUCAGGCAGUUUUAGCUGUUCUCUCUAUUUUUCUCUUUUUCAACGUCCUUUCCUUUCUUUUCUGUGACUCAGACAUGACUUCCCAAAAUGAGGGAAUUGCUAACAAAAAGGUUAUGAACAAAGGAGCAUGGACUGCUGAGGAGGAUAGAAAAUUGGCUGACUUUAUUGGGAUUCAUGGUGCAAGGCGGUGGAAAACUGUUGCACUUAAAGCAGGUCUGAAUCGAUGUGGAAAGAGUUGCAGAUUGAGAUGGCUUAACUACUUGAGACCCAACAUCAAGAGAGGCAACAUUUCAGACGAGGAAGAAGACUUGAUUCUCAGACUUCAUAAACUCCUGGGCAACAGAUGGUCAUUGAUAGCUGGGAGACUUCCAGGGAGAACAGAUAAUGAGAUAAAGAACUAUUGGAAUUCACAUUUGAGCAAGAAAAUAAACCAGAAGGAGAAAACAGCACAGGCUUCAACACCACAAGAACCUGUGUACCACAACAGCUGGGAGCCUGCUCAGGUGGAAAAACAAGAACCAGAGAAGGAAACCUGGAACUCAGAACUCAAUUUUGAUGUAAAUGAGUUCUUUGACUUCUCCACUCAAGGAUCCUAUGGUCUGGAAUGGGUGAAUAAAUUUCUUGAAUUGGAUGAGGAUCCACAGCUCACUGAAAAAUGGUGAGCUUUGUUGUUGCUUCUUUUGGCCAUCAAGUGAGCUUUGUUAUUAUAAUCUUGUACAAUUUUCAAAUAAUAACUUCCCCAUUUCUGCAUCUAAUAUCUUGUCAUCAAGGUUCAAAGGAUGUCCUGCUUUCUGUUUUUCCACUAUUUUCACUAGAUUCUUAGCUGAAGAAGCUUGAGCUUGUGGAAGUAUACCUGGAUUAUUUAGGAAAAAAUUUGCGUAGAAAUG